CUACACUCUACCGUACGGCGUACCUCGUACUGCCUGUAUGGCCCUGUACCGUCUGUAGCUACUCCACAGUCACUAGUUACUAGGAGUGAACCACACGCUUAGUUAUUACUACUCUACUCUACUCUACACGUAACAUCUGUCCCUUCCAUUCUCCUCCAUUCUCCCUCCUCCACCACCUCUGCCCAUCCUCAUCCCCCUCAUCCCCAAUCCCAUCCCAUCCUCCCUCCACCCUCCCUCCGCGGUCUUCUCUCCACAAUGGUUUCCUGGAAGCUCUCUUCUCUGCUCCUCCUCUCCUUGGGCGCUCUCAAUGCCUUCGCCAAGGAUGAACUCGAGGUCGACCCCGCCAAGGAGGUCGUAGAAGAGCCUCAGAGCGCCGCCCUCAAGGUCUCCGUCUCUGCCAGCUUCCCCCAAUCCGAGAUCUUCGGUGUCAAGCUCAUCAACGGCCACCCGACCCAGGCACAACUUUCCUUCUCCAACGAUGAGCCUGAGCCCAUCAGUGUCGCCAUCGUCGGCGGAUCUCUGCUCCAGGACGGUACCCCUGAGCCUCAGAUCCUUCGCAACUUGACUGCCACCCGCUACCAGGUUGAGAUUCCUGCUGGCGAGUCCGAGACCGUCACCUACAGCUUCAGCACCGAGAUGCACCCCCAGAACGUUCGUCUCCAGCUCAUGGCUGUCUUGAAGGAUUCCAAGAACUCAUUCUACACCGUCCCGGCCUACAAUGAGACUGUCAGCGUGGUUGAGGCACCCACCAGCUUCUUCGACCCCCAGAUCCUCUUCCUCUACUCCGUUCUCCUCGCUGCCUUCGCCGGAACCGUCUACUUCAUCUACAGUACCUGGAUCACCACCUUCUUCCCCCAGAAGAAGCGCGGAGGCAAGGGUGGUGAGCGUGCCAAGCGCUCCUCCGCCGGUACCAAGAAGGUCGACCCUACCGAGCAAGUCGCUGUUGUUGGUGCUGAUGGUCCCGCCGUCACUACUAGCUCCAAGGCUUAUGAUGAGAGCUGGAUCCCCGCUGCUCACCUUCAGCGCCCUGAGGCCAAGCGCGUCAGGAGCGGUACCCCCAAGACCAAGGUCGUCAAGACCUAAGCGAUCCACAACAUUGGGGAUUUGGUGCAUGGUGGAGAGCCACGAGUGCUUGUUUUUUCUUGCGGGAUUGCAUGGAUCUAGUGAUUGGGUUUUGGCAACGCGCAUAUGUUUAAGCAAUUUUGGCAAUCGACCUGGAUAGUAUGCAUCAGGGCGUUGAAAGCGUAGUUGGAUUGCUGGAAAUGCAGUCUUGCGCGCUUCCGAGAGGAGUUGACGGCCGAAACACAAUGUACUCUAUAAUGACACCCGAAAAGUUUGCCGGUUAUGUAUAACUAGGGGGAUCAAGUGUACCAUUGGAGUCGAUAGGUUCACAUUAAUAUAUCUGCUUUGGUAUAGCUGGGAGGAAUCCCGUCUGCCAUUUCAGCU